GUAACCAUAGUAAGACAGACAUGAUUUGCAGUAAUUGGUGGUAGUGCGUUAACAGAAUGUCGAGCAAUGUACAGAAGGAGGAAAGCCAGAAUAAUACAAGUGUAUAUAAUGUCAUAAGGGCUUUAAUUCAUCUUCUCGGCGUACUUCAGUUUUCGUAUAGUGUUUACUAUGACUGGAAUUACGUAGUUAUUCCAGUUUCAGCUAGUCGAAUGGGAUCUGGAUAUGGUGGGAAGUUGCAAUUCCUUACAUUCUGGGAUGCGAUACUACAGUCAGUGUACUUCACCAUUUGUCUACUAAAUGAUAUUAUUGGAAGUAAUGAGAUAAGUAUUAAAGAGAAGCCUCUCAUUCGCAAGAUUAAGGACUACAUGUUUGCAUCUGUUGCAUUUCCUGUGGCAAUGUUUGUGGGUGUAACAUUUUGGGGUCUCAUGGCAAUUGACCGAGAGCUUGUAUUCCCAAAAGCAUUGGAUCCAUUUUUUCCAUCAUGGCUAAAUCAUGUAAUGCACACUAAUAUUGUGAUCUUUACAUUACUUGAAAUGGUCUCAUCAUUCCGCACAUAUCCAAAACGUUCUACGGGGCUCACUGGACUACUGGCGUUUAUGGUAAUUUACCUCAUCUGGGUUCAUGUGAUUUUCUCAAAGUCUGGUGUUUGGGUAUAUCCUGUGCUUGACGUUCUUAAUUGGUGGCAGCGAAUCAUUUUCUAUUUAGUCUCUCUGUCCUUGCAAGCAAGCCUGUACAUCGUUGGAGAAACUCUUAAUAAAGCAAAAUGGGGGAAAGUACAAAAAGAAUUGGAGGGAAGCAAACGUCGCAAGAUUAAGUAACUGCAUAUGUUAUGUCAUGAAGAAAUGCUGAAUUAUGAUUUGUUGUUAGGGAUGUAACAAAGUGCAGUGUUUUGUUGAUAUAGCAAUUAAACAGGUGUGAGGGCCUUAAAAUGAAUUUUGUUUUCUAUCACUGUAAUUCUAUAUGCAUGGGGUUUGACUGUUUUACGUAGUAUUCAGUCACCCUCAAAAAUAAUUUUAUAAUGUUA